AGUGUUACACCAGAAAAAUUUUAAAGAUACAAUACCUACCUAUUCUUUCCGUUUUCUUUUCGUUUCUUUUUUGAUUCAAUAAAAUAGUUAAUUGAUUCCGAAUAGACAUGUUAAAUCCUGAUCCAAGUGCAAUUGCCGCCCAAGAAAGCUCCCACGAAAUAUCUGAAUGUGUUAGUAUAGCCUCUUCUGUCACAAGAAAACAAGCACCCUCUGUAGCGUCUACCGUUUUAUCAAAAGAGAAGAGCAAUCAAGAGUAUGAAUUUAAAAACGAUCUCGAAGGAGUUGAUGAAACUGAGGAUUUGCCGGAUGGUGGUUAUGGUUGGUUUGUUGUUUUAGGUACAUUUAUGACUCAAUUCACAAGUUUUGGUACCUCUGCAUGCUGGGGUAUUUUACAAGAUUACCUAGAUGUAAACAUGUUUCAAAAUAAGACCACCAAUUCGCAAUUCAAGUUGAGUUUUGUUGGCACUCUUUUAGAAGUAUGUACCACUUUAUGUGGUCCAUUAGCACAAAUCAUUUCAUCUCAAUUCGGUACCAAAACAGUGUUGAUUAUAGGCACUAUUUUAGCAACACUAGGCCUUGAAUUAGCCAGUUUAGGAACAGAGCUAUGGCAUUUCUAUCUCACAGUUGGUGUUAUGUUUGGAUGUGGUGCAUCGCUAUUGUUUGUGACUGGUAUGGGAACAACGCCUUUAUGGUUCAAUAAGCGUAGAGGAAUUGCUACUGGCAUUGCUUCAGGGGGCACAGGCAUCGGUGGUGUUAUCUUACCGUUUGUCAUUACUCCAUUAAAUGAGUCAUUAGGUAUUGCAUGGACGUUUCGUAUUAUGGGAUUUAUUUGCCUUGUAUGCGAUGUGAUUGCAUGUGUCUUUGUCAAAGAUAAAGUAUCUGUUAAGAAACAAGCUGGUGAACGCUCUCUAAAACAUAUCUUUGACUUCUCCAUCUUGAAAGACAUUAAUUUCUUACUCUGGACAUGUGGAUCUGUUAUUUCCAUCAUGGGCUACUUUAUCCCAUUCUUUUUCUUACCUGCAUAUGCUACUUAUCUUGGACUAUCUGCUUCACAAAGUUCAGCGCUUAUCGCGGUAAUGUCGGCCUGUAGUUUUAUUGGUCGCAUCCUCGUUGGGUAUAUCGGCGACCGUAUUGGUAGACUGAACGCAAACAUUAUCUUUACGUUCUGCUGUUCACUGACCAACUUUCUUAUAUGGACAUUUGCUUAUAGUUAUGGUUCUUUGAUGGCUUAUUCUGCUCUUUUUGGCCUAUUCUGUGCUUCUUAUUUUGCUAUGAUGACAACCAUUACAGCAGCAAUCUUGAGUCCAGAGCAAUAUCGAACGGGCGUGUCUACAUUGUUGUUAUCAAACACAGUCUCUGUUUUGGGUAUUACUAUUGCUGGUGCAGUAGAAGCAAGCUUAAAGAACACAGAACCCUAUUUCUCUUACAAAAUGUUUACAGGCGUAGUUUAUCUUGUAGGUGGUAUUAUUUUAGUUGCCCUAAAGAUUAGAAUUAAAGGCCUUUUUGCUAAGUUUUAAAAUAAACUUUUUUUAUUAUUUGA